AUGUUAUGGGCGGGAGACAGCAAGUUAGCCAAGAUGGCGCGUCCAGGCUGUGUCACUCGACAUUUUGCGAAGACUGACGAUGUCACGGCGGAGGCCCUGCAGAGCACUGCGCAUGCGCAUCCCGAAGGCCCGGAGUUGGUCUCGCGUUACUUCGUGCAGGACGCCUAUAGAGCAUCCGACUGCAAAGCGCCCGGCGCUGGAGUCAGCCUGCCCCGGCCACCCGGCACACCCAAAGCCCGCCCAGCCGCAGCUCCAUUGCCCCACCACGGCGACAGCCCAGCAUCCCUGGGGCAGACCGGGCCGGCCAGACUCCAGCUGCAGCCCCUCCAUUUCCAAUCCGCCUCCUCCCCCAUCCUGCCAACGCAACAGCUCCUGGGGACGGAAGAAAAGCCCUGUGCUUGCAUCAGCUCCGGCCCCCCCACCAGUGACACCGCUUCCUGGCAGUCUGAAUGGAGACACACCGGCAAAAGGACAUGCCUUCAGGACCAGGAGAAGUAA